UCCUCGCCGGUAAAGGGGCCGCCUGCAGCACGGUCCCAGAGUCCUACAGCCGGUCACCGCUUGGCCCUCUCGGCUUCUCGCCCGCCCAUCACUCACCCGCCACCGUCACCUGGGAAACGGGCCGCGAUCAUCUGCCUACCCGAAGCUGGUUUCAUGGCAGCCUCGAAGAAAGCUGUUUUGGGGCCGUUGGUGGGAGCAGUGGACCAGGGCACCAGCUCGACGCGGUUUUUGGUUUUCAAUUCAAAAACAGCCGAACUACUUAGUCAUCAUCAAGUGGAAAUAAAACAAGAGUUUCCAAGAGAAGGAUGGGUGGAACAAGACCCUAAGGAGAUUCUGCAUUCUGUCUAUGAGUGUAUAGAGAAAACGUGUGAGAAACUUGGACAGCUCAAUAUUGAUAUUUCCAACAUAAAAGCUAUUGGUGUCAGUAACCAGAGGGAAACCACAGUAGUCUGGGACAAGUUAACUGGAGAGCCUCUCUACAAUGCUGUAGCUGCUCCAGUUUCUCCUGGCCCUUCCGAUCCAGCUGCCGUUGUUCCCUCUGGCUCUUCAGUUCCAGCUGCUGGCGCUUCCUCAGUGUGGCUUGACCUACGAACCCAGUCUACCGUUGAGAGUCUUAGUAAAAGAAUUCCAGGAAAUAAUAACUUUGUCAAGUCCAAGACAGGCCUUCCGCUUAGCACUUACUUUAGUGCAGUGAAACUUCGUUGGCUCCUUGACAAUGUGAGAAAAGUUCAAAAGGCAGUUGAAGAAGAUAGAGCUCUUUUCGGGACCAUUGAUUCAUGGCUUAUUUGGAGCUUGACAGGAGGAGCCAGUGGAGGUGUCCAUUGCACGGAUGUAACAAAUGCGAGCAGGACAAUGCUUUUCAACAUCCAUUCUUUGGAAUGGGAUAAAGAGCUCUGCGAAUUUUUUGAAAUUCCAAUGAAAAUUCUUCCAAAUGUCCGGAGUUCUUCUGAGAUCUAUGGCCUAAUGAAAGCUGGGGCCUUGGAAGGUGUGCCAAUAUCUGGGUGUUUGGGGGACCAGUCAGCUGCACUGGUGGGACAAAUGUGCUUCCAAGAUGGACAAGCCAAAAACACGUAUGGAACAGGCUGUUUCUUACUAUGUAAUACAGGCCGUAAGUGUGUAUUUUCUGAACAUGGCCUUCUAACCACAGUUGCUUACAAACUUGGCAGAGACAAACCAGUAUAUUAUGCAUUAGAAGGUUCUGUAGCUAUAGCUGGUGCUGUUAUUCGCUGGCUAAGAGACAAUCUUGGAAUUAUAAAGACCUCAGAGGAAAUUGAAAAACUUGCUAAAGAAGUAGGUACUUCUUAUGGCUGCUAUUUCGUCCCAGCGUUUUCAGGCCUAUAUGCACCUUAUUGGGAGCCCAGUGCCAGAGGGAUUAUCUGUGGGCUCACUCAGUUCACCAAUAAAUGCCAUAUUGCUUUUGCUGCGUUAGAAGCUGUUUGUUUCCAGACCCGAGAGAUUUUGGACGCCAUGAACCGCGACUGUGGAAUUCCACUCAGCCAUUUGCAGGUAGACGGAGGAAUGACGAACAACAAAAUUCUUAUGCAGCUCCAAGCAGACAUUCUAUAUAUCCCAGUAGUGAAACCCUCAAUGCCAGAAACAACUGCCCUGGGAGCUGCCAUGGCAGCAGGGGCUGCAGAAGGAGUUGGUGUUUGGAGUCUUGAACCUGAGGAUUUGUCAGCUGUCACGAUGGAGCGGUUUGAACCUCAGAUCAACGCUGAGGAAAGUGAAAUUCGUUAUUCUACGUGGAAGAAAGCUGUGAUGAAGUCAAUGGGUUGGGUUACAACUCAGUCUUCGGAAAGUGGUGACCCUAGUAUCUUCUGUAGUCUACCCUUGGGCUUUUUUAUAGUGAGUAGCAUGGUAAUGUUAAUCGGAGCAAGGUACCUCUCAGGUAUGCCAUAAAUAAUACGAACUCAUGGAUCCCAAAGAUGCGAGCUCUUUACCUAACGAGAAUCCAGCGAUUCUGUCUCUUAAUGUGAUGACACUAUUCAUAGACUCUGAUUUUAUUUAUAAGCCACUUGCUGCAUGACCCUCCAAGUACAUCUGUGGCUUGAAAUAAAGAAAAUGCAGCAGAAAGAAUGCUAUAGAAACAUUUGGUGUGUUUUUUAAUAUCAGUAAAGAUUGGACUAGCCACCUUUGGGGCUGACCCCCUCCUUUGCCAUCAUUUCCUGCGUCAUUCCCUCUAAAAUCUAGGGACAAUUAAGAUCCUGUCCAUUGGAAUCUUUUUUCAAAGAUAUUCAAACUCUGAUGGGCCAGGAUUUGAUACCUGCACUACACACACUUGAUUAAGGGGUUAUUACUAACCAGCUAAAAAUGAGUGACUUUUUGUUUGUUUCUUUUUAACAACCCCCCCCCCCCACAAAGGCCUCUUUUCUAUUUAUGAGAGAGACCCCCACAACAUCAUUCAGUGAAUAUUUAAAUGGAUACCUCUACUAAAUUCUUAAAGUGGAAAUUUAAUACUCUCACAGCUGAGGUAUUUUUCUGAAAAGUAUUUGCCAAAAACUGAAAAUUCUUACAUUUUACAUGGUCUCACUGGUUACACUGAAUUACAAUCUGGAUCUUAUAGGGAAGGACACUUUUUUCCUUUUCUUUUUCCCAUUUCUCCUUUUUAUAUUUUUUAUUUUACAUGUAUAAUGUAUAUGUCUAUGUAUUUUAUAUACUGCGGGUAGCCCAUUUAUAAAUUAAGAGCACAUUAUAUUCAGUAGGUUAUAAUGGAGCUGGUCUUAAGUGGACCACUAUGUGUAUAAAUAUUUCAGGGGAAACAGCUGUAUACAUUUUUGGGCAAUGGUUAUGCAUAUUAUUUACCAAGAGAAACUUUUUCUUAAAGAGCCAACAUUUAAAAUUCAAGUAUAUGUUCUAUGUCAAUAAAAGAAAAUGUACUUUAUUGUGACUAUAAUUUCUUAGACUUUACUUUUAUAUACUAUAUUUUUAAAAAGACUGUGGAUUAAUACUACAGUGAAUAUUGUUUUCAAACACAAGCACUAGUCCAUAUAAAGUUAUUUUCCUUUGCCAUAGUUUUAGACAUAUAUAGGGUUCUUUUGAGGGGAUGUCAAAUUAGGUUAAAAAUGUCAGUAGAAAAAAAAAGCCAAGAAUCUCUUUUUAUCCAAGUAUGCUAUCAAUUGCUGAUAAGCAAUCGUAAUUUCUACUUGAGAUGACAGAAUUAUCUCUGCUUGUUGUCAUAUUACAGCUGAAGAAGUGUUUUACUGUUAGAAAUGGCUUCUCAUGAAACCAAGAAUUUCUAAAAAAAUUUAAUAGUAUGUGUUAGAAAAACUUACCUGGUCUAGUUUCUUAAUGUCAAUUUUAAAAAUAUCUGAAAAUUAAUUUCUGUUUACUACAGAUAAGAAAACACUGCCUCCUAAUUCUUCAGUCAGUGCUGAAAUGGGAAAAUAUUAUAUAUUAAUAUAAAAGCUUUUGUUUUAUUUGGAGUUUAUGGUAGCUUACAUUUGCAGUUCUGAUUAUGCUGUUUCUAAAUUAUUGAAUCUGCUGGGUUUUAUUGAUACAGCUGCCAUUCCAGUGACAUAAGUAGUAUAGAAAAGUACUGUGAAAUUAUUACUUCGUAGCAAGGAUACUUCUAAACAUAAUUAUGUUUCUACAAAGGUAGGUUGAGUUAAUGUAAAUAAUUGUGAAAAUCACUGUUCAAAUAAUUUUAAGAUUAUGUUAACUUUCUAUAAGUUGCAAUAUUUAUAAAUGUUUGAAAUUGUAUGCAUUGAUACUGAAUGAUAAAUUUACUUAAAAUAAAUUGGCCCUCAUUCUUA